AUGGCUUCGUUCAUCGGUCGUCAUCCUGUAUCUGUCGCGUUCGAUUCAGCGUCUCCAUGCUGCUAUGUGACAUUAGAAGUUGCGCAUUUGCUUGGUCAUUCCGCCCCACUAGCAGGUUCUUGUUUCAGUGAUAUUCUCACGGCUUCUUAUCAUGGUCGCGUGCUCACCACCGACGUCGAGUUCGAGAUCGCGUCUGUUCUUGAUUCUGAUGUUUUGGUUGGGAUGAAUUGGAUUGCUGCGUGGCGCACGGUUGGCCGCGAAGACAUGAAUCCCGUUCACAAUCCCUACUCUAGUUCUGUGUCUGACCCUGAAGUAACUACCUGUAUACUUAGCGGUGAUGCAAAGCAUAUUGAUGAUGCUGAUACGCAUGAUUUGGUUAAAUCCCAGUCUUCGUCCCUCGUCGGGGCAGUUUCGUCGUCUCAUAGACGUUCAGAGUCUAUUGUUCACAAUAUAUUCUUUGGGUUGUCCCAUUCUGGAGUCAGUAUCGGGCCUUUUUCAUCUGAUGUGUCGCUGCUCAAUCAGGCAUGUGCUUUUCACGGUUUGGAACCUAAGAAGUCUCACGAGCUAGAAGAGCGAUGCAAUUUGUUGUUGCAACAUUUACUUCAUGGCGAGUGCGUGACUUCGGAUAUCCGUUCUGCACAUCGUGAUUAUACUGCGUGUCGUGAGGUUGCUGCAGGCUUCAGUUCGUCCUCUGAUUUAGUUGAUUAUAUCUUGGAUGAUUUGACUUCGUAUAACACGCCGGCUCUACCAGGUGUUAAUUUGUGGCUUGUUGCCCAAAGUAUCUGCGGUGACUUAGUAUGCGGAUCUGGUCAGGAAAACCAUUACAGGCGAAAAGCUAUCGGUAUAUUGAAUAUAUUUCGUAACCGAGGGGUGUAUGAGGCUGUGUCCAAAUCUUCGCAAUCACUGUUCACCAAGGCGGAAUAUAUGUCCAAGCCUUGUUUGGAAGCUGUAGCGUCUUGGCAUGGUUUAUGCUUUGUCGGAACAAAGGAUCAGUUAUUGGACAGGAUCAUUAACCACAUGUCGAAGGGCAUGUCAGAAACUGAAUCGUUUGACUCGAGGACAGAAUUACAGAUCCAAUUGUUAAAAUCAUGCUGCGCAAUUCCCUAUGAGGCUGCAGCAACUUUGUCUCAACUACGAAAGUUGCUCCGAGCACAUGUUACUUCCUUGUCCAAAGGCAAAAAAAUCAAGCCUAUCGUGCCUUUAAACAACAGGAAUAUGAUCUAUGGGCAAGCAAUCAUGAUCGCAUACAUUCACAAUGGCCUCAGUUAG